GCAGGCCUGGCCUCUCAGACGCAGACAGCUGGCCCGGGAGAUUAGCCUCCCUCAGGCUUGAUCCCCUGCUAGAGUGGAAAUUUCGUUUCCUUUGUUCAGGUCUUUUCCAAAUCCCCUAUAAACUGUAUCCCCCCCACGCCCCAGUCAUGCCAGUGGGCAGGGGAGCAUGGCACAGCGGCAUCACCAGAUCCCUACAGGCCCGGGUGAACCCCUUUGUCCAGGAGGGCAGUGCUGGCUUGUGGAUAAAGCCUAGGACCUGUCCUAUUCCCAGCCCCCUUCCCCUUUCCCUGCCUCAGUUUCCCCUCACACCCUUUGUCCGGUUAGCCUGCGUUUGUGCAGCGCUUAGCAGGACGGGGCCCUGUGAUGGGGUUCCUACCCUCCACAGGUGGUGAAAGGGUGAAUGUGGGCCCAUUACAACACCGGGCUGCCCCUGGAGGCUGAUCAGAGAUGACGCCCAGCGGGCUACUGCCAGAGAGACAGACAGUUUGGAGCAGAAGGGAAAAAUUCUGCAGCCCCUGCUCUUGGCAGUAAAGUUUCGGGGGGGGGAGGCUCCAGGGGGUUGAGGAAGAAGAUACAGGACUGGAGCAAGCCCCUGUGCGACCCGGGGGAGCAGGCCGGAGAGGGGAGCAAUGGGGACAGGCCUGGAGAAAGGCCAGUGAUAGGAAGCGGUCUGAUGGAUUGGCCUUUGCCCUCACACGAGGGUCCCUGGGCUAGAGAUGGGCGUGAAGCCCCCGAUGCAAGGGGAUAAAGAUGACUUAAAACCCGGAAGGGAAGGGUGUGAGGCCCACGGGGCUGGGCGUUUGGGGUCGAGGACCAGCUGUACGGGCACUGCAUUGUCUGUGGGACUUGCCGUUACCCCUGGAAGGAGUGGAACGAAAAUGUGACCCGGCCGAGGCAUGAAGGACCAACCUGGGACCGAGCGACCGUCUGCAGGGGGCGUGAGGGAGGAAAGAACUGCUCUGCCAUGCCCUGCCGCGCUUUCGGUGAGUCCUGCUUUCCAUGGGCUCCCUGCAGCCUACCACAGUAUAAGCACUGCUCCAUAGUCUCUCACGGGGGUCGCAAAACUGGUCAGUCAGUGACGAUCCAGCCUCCCUUCAGCUCUCCGUGCCUCGGUUUCCCCAAGUGGGGAACUACUCUGGAAGUAACCUGUGCUUUGAGAUCCUCUACUGGAAAGUGCGGUGCAAGGUUUAAACUAGUGUCAAUGGCGGGUUUCUCUGGUCACUCGUGGUCUUUAAAUCCUGAUUGGAGAGUUUCAGUAGCUCGGCCAGAGGCGAGGCUCUGUUACAGGAGUGGGGGGCGAGGCUCUCUGGCCUGGGAUGUGUGGGGUGGAUUGGCCAUUAUUUGGGGGGAGUGUCGGUAGAUCAAGACUGGGUGUCUUUCUAAAGGAAACACGUGACUGGAUGAUCACGAUGUGUCCUUCUGGCCUGAGAGUCCGUCCUCUAGCUUCCACCUCCUGUUGUUAGUCACAGAGGGCAGAGCAGAGAAUGGAACCCAGGAGUCCUGGCUCUAACCACCAAACUGCACUCUCCUCCUAGAGCAGAGGAUGGAACCCAGGAGUCCUGGCUCCCAACCCCCUGGCUCUAACCACCAAACUGCACUCCCCUCCCAGAGCGGGGGACAGAACCCAGGAGUCCUGGCUCCCAGCUGCUGGGCUCCUGUCUGCUCCGCUGCCCCUCACCCAAAUGAACUCCAUCUCAGCCAAAAAAGUGCAAAGAACAAACCCCACCGCUGGAGCGAAGAGGCUGGUCAGAGAAGGCCCCUGCCCAGGACUGAGCGAGAGUCCAGGCUCCUGGCUGGCUUUGUCCUGGGUCUGUACAGCGCCUUGCACACUGGGAGCCUGGUCCUGAGUGGGAGGCUCCAGCCGCUCCCCAGAUCUGGCUCCAGCCCUGGCUCAGGCGCCAAGACACUUCCCGUUUCUCUGAAGGAAAACAAUUCCUGUAGCUUCCCUCCCCCUCCCCCCUUGUUCCUGCCUCCCAGCUUCCACCCCGACUCCCUGUAAUCCGCAUCCCGGCUUUGACAGCAUCGGGGGAGCAGGGCCUGCAAUGCUGGUGUGCUGCCUGGAUGGGGAACCACUUAAUUCGACAGCCUCUCCAGGCCAUGGGGCAAAUUAGGGGGCUGCCCCCCUGCCUCUUCUUGCUGGUUCUCUCUGUCUGUCCACUAGAGGGCGGUAGACACAGCACUACUCCCCCUCAUAUUUGAUGUGGUUGUGGGGUGUUGUCGAGUGCCACAGAACCGGCCUUUGCCUUGGAAGGGAUCUGGGGGGUCACGGCCAGCGUGUGAAACGCACACAGGUUUUGCAUGCCUGUGCACAAGUGUCUGCAUCGGUGCCAGCAUUGGCUGGACUUGCGUGUCCAGAAUCAUGCAUGGUCAGUCUGGUCACGCAAACACAAGCAGCUGCCCAACCUUUCACGUACCCUCUAGAUCACUCAGUCAUUUGCACACACAUGCAAUCGCACGUGUAGACAUAGACACAAGCACAUGCAGGAUUGUGCCCUCACAGCUGGCCCAACACCAGCAGUCCUUGGUUGCGCCCAGAGCGAUGCGUGUCUCAGAAACUGAAAUACUCCUGAGAACGUACUAAGGGUGUUAAAAGCAGGGGAGACCGCUGGUUGCGGCUUUGGGGGGCUUUGUCCCUUUCACCCAGGGUACCGGCGUUCUGAAAUAUCAGCCUUAUUGUCGGUCCGAGCGGGAAUUUUCCGAUAAAAUUUUUGGAUUUGGUUUGAAGCGGAAGGGUUCGUGAGAAAAAGCCGGUUGCGAGGACUCUCCCAUUCCGAUUUUUUUGGGGGGGGGGAAAUAAAAUCACUUUGGAAUGGUCAAAACAGGCCAGGUUGACGCUUUUGGAACAAAAUAUCAAUCGAAAAGACUUAGGAAACUGGAGUUCUUUUAUACUAAACAGUUUUUUUUUUUAAAGUAAAGGUUGCAAUUGAAAUGAAAUGUCUCCGUUGAAUUUUUUCCCCCUGGAUUAUUGGUUUGUGAAAAAUGUUGAGAGGUUUUUGUUUUUCUGUGUGGGACAAAAUCCCCCAAAUCUUGCAAGACAGGAACAAGCUCUGACUUAUUGCAGUGGUCUGGCUUGGUGAGUUUGCUGUUGCUCUCUAGCACUGGAUAAAGGAGCUACUCCAGAUUCCUGCAGUAGACACAGAAAAGCUUAGUGCGUUUGGACACCAGAGCUGGGUUCUCCUCCCAGCACCCCAGGGUCUCAGUGAUGCAAGCUGGUUUGUUCUUCCAUGGGGGAGAACAUUGCAAAUUUCCAAAGUCACGGGUCAAGGCCUCCCCAAAAUCUCAAGAUGGAUGUCAAAAUUGUGAGACUUUUUUAAUGGCUCCUUUGGAUUUGUUCUUUGUGAUUCUGGUUCCCUGCAGUCACAGAGGCAAGACACGCUUUUAUGUAUUUUGCUUGUUAACAGAUUCCCAGAUGGUCCCAUGAUUCCAGGAACUGGGGCUUGGAGAAAAACAAGCCUCUCUCACCCACCCCAGCUUCCCCGGGAUGGUGCGUCAGCCACGACACGACCCGAGCGAGUCCUAACCGUCCCCGGCUGUGCGGCGAGCACAGGGUGGAUCCAGCGCUUGUAGGAACACGCCGGCGGCUUGGUUUGUAAAAAAAAAAACCAAAAGCAGGUGGGGAAUAAAAUGGAGACCAAGAGUCGGACCGGGAUGCUUGUCUAGGAGCAGCUGCCGGGGAAACGGGUCGGCGGCGGGGUGUUGGCGUGCCAUCUCUGCUCACGCGCUUCCCGGCACUGUUCAGUCUGGACCCUUUGGAAAGACAUUUGCUUGGGCAAAAAGGGAGCCUGGGCGGCUGAGUGGAUUGGAAUAACCUAGCGUGGGCGACAGGAGAAGGAGCCCCUUCGGGAUCGCCAGUUCCUGAGCAUGAUGUCCUAUAUGAAGCAGCCUCAUUACGCAGUCAAUGGGUUAACCCUAGCGGGACCGGGCAUGGACCUGCUCCACUCCGCCGUGGGAUACCCAACCACCCCGCGGAAGCAGCGGCGCGAGCGGACGACUUUCACGCGGGCCCAGUUGGACAUUCUGGAGGCACUUUUCGCGAAGACCCGCUACCCCGACAUCUUCAUGCGGGAGGAGGUAGCGCUCAAGAUCAACCUGCCUGAGUCCCGGGUGCAGGUUUGGUUCAAGAACCGACGGGCCAAAUGCCGCCAGCAGCAGCAACAGAGCAGCGGCCAGGCCAAGGCGCGCCCGGCCAAGAAGAAGAGCUCGCCGGCCCGGGAGACCAGCUCGGAAACCAGCACCAACGGGCAAUACAGCCCCCCACCCGCCGGCACCUCGGGCACCCCCAGCUCCACGGCCAGCGCCACCGUCUCCAUCUGGAGCCCGGCCUCCAUCUCCCCCAUCCCCGACCCCCUGGCCUCCUCGGCCACCCCCUGCAUGCAGCGCUCUGCCGCCUACCCGAUGACCUACACCCAGGCCGCCGGCUACCCCCAGAGCUACGCCAGCUCCUCCUCCUACUUCACCGGCCUGGACUGCGGCUCCUACCUCUCGCCCAUGCACCCGCAGCUCUCCGCCCCUGGUGCCGCCCUGAGCCCCAUCGCCGCCCCGGCCAUGGGCGGCCACCUCAGCCAGUCCCCGGCCUCCCUGUCCAGCCAGGGCUUUGGCACGGCCGGCCUGAGCUUCGGCUCGGUGGAUUGCUUAGACUACAAGGAUCAGACGGCCUCUUGGAAACUCAACUUCAACGCCACGGACUGCUUGGAUUACAAAGAUCAGAGCUCCUGGAAGUUCCAGGUCUUGUGAAGUGGCGGGAGGCAGCCAGGGAGACACCCCCUGUCCGUUGUUUCUUCCCCCUCCCCCCCCCAAAGGCCUGUCCCUCCCCUCCCCGGUACCACCCUCCUUGAACCAGCUUGGCUCCGACCCGUGUCUGUCGCUGGACUGAGAUUGGAACCGGCGUCGGGGAUCUGAGCGAGGGGGAUCCCCCGUUUCCCGGCAUCACGGUGGGGACUUGCCCUUCCUUGGUGAGCAGCCGCAAACGUGCCCUGAUUGGUCGUUCGGUGGCUGAGACCCUCACCCCCAUGGUCACAGGGGCCCCUCGCGCCGGGCAGCGCCGCGGGGUUUUCUUCCCGCCCGAGCCCCGGACACGAAAUCUGUCAAGGAGUCUCAGCCGGGAUCCCCCCCGGGGCGGGGACUGCCUGGCGUGGCAGCCUCCCCCGUCUGUGCCACGCUCACCAAGUGGCACCCGGAUCUGCAGGGGUGGAGCUGGGAAGUGCCAUGGCUGGUUUUGGGUGGGAAGUAGCCCCCUCUGACCCUUGCACAUGUGUGUGUGGGGGCUCUAGGUUCUGUCUUUCACGGAUUCUCUCUAGCCCUGGCCUGAUCCUUCGAUGGGGGGGUCUGAGCGAAGAAUGAAAUGGGGCCUGGGGUGGAGCAGUUAGGUCAAGGCAUGUGCUGCCAGGACUCCUGGGUUCUAUUUCCGGUGCUGGGAGGGGAGCGAGGUUUAGAGAAGUGGGCCCCGGGAGUCAGUUCGCCUCAGCUUUAUUUCCAGCCCUGCCAAUGAUUGGGUGUCAGAUGUUCCACCCCGUGCCUCAGUUUCCCCUUCUGUCGCGCCCUCCCUUUGCGGGGGGGCAGGGGAUCUGUGGAUGGACAGCUCUGUGCUGGGCAAAGCUGAGGGCCAGGGCGAAGGGCGUGUGCCGAGGUCCCAGCCCAGCGAGGACGGCUUAGGGAACAUCGGGUUUGAAUCGGCUCCAGGUUCAACUGCCCACAGUCCAGUCGUCCGAAACUGAGGUCCCGUCUCCUCUAGCUGGAGACCUCGCCGGCCACGUCCUGCCAGAGAGAGGGGCUGCCCGUCUGGGACGCCAGCCGCUGAGCUCCGCCACAGAGGGGGCCAGGCCACACCCCUGUCUUUAGCAAGCAGGGCAGGGGACCGGGUCGCACUCAGCGACUUGGCGGGGAGAGAUCUAUGCCGGGAGGCCAGCGUCGCAAGCCAGGAGCAAGGCCUGCCUGUCUGUUUGCAGGGUGGCUUUUUAUUCUAGCCUUCAUUUCCCCUCCCCCCUGGAUAUUUUGGGUGCAAACCCCUUUUUUGGGGGGGGGUUAACUUGGAAGUGACGACAAAUGUUCGACCCCCCCAAAUCCACUGGAACGCAUUGAUUUAGAAGGCUCCGGCCUCGGCACCGCCCGUCGCAAGCGAUCAGACCUUCGGGCUCUUUGCAGGGCUGGAAAAUCUCUCUCCCAUGGGAGUUAGGCACCGAAAUAUCUUGGAGGGUCUGGGGCAACGUCUAUGCGCAAAGCACAACUUCCCACCCCACGGAGGCUCCGAUCCUGGGAGCCCUUCGCACGUGCCCCGGGGGUCAGAAAGGGGUGCCGUCGACCUGGGUUCAGAUCCUGCUGCUCUCGCACCCCGGUGGCAGAAGUCCCUGGGGAGGGGGACAGGAUCGGGUCUGCCCGGCUCGUGUGGGGUGGGGGAGAGCUGAGAUGGGGACUGGCCAGGAGGUGGGGGAACUCGGGCCAGAUCCCCGCUGUCGAAUGCCCAGACGCUUUCCCCGAAUCAUCCUGAUUUCCAGCCACGUCGGAGCCCAGCAGCGCGAACCUGACUCCGUUGCAUUCACACGGAGCUUCCCCUCCCCCCUCCGUUGGGGGAGGGGGGAGAAUUGGGGACGCUUUGCAGCCCGAUUUCCCUGUUGCCUUGCACACGCAUUUACACUAGUGCAGAAGAAGCGUGAAACCGGAUCCGUCCACACCUGUUCCGCACUAGUGGGUGCAAGACAGUGGAGAACCAGCUCUUUCUGUUCUAAUCAGACCACUUCGAUUGCUCCCCUUCUCCAAAACUGGCUGCAUAGAAACUCCCCCAAAGAUGUAGCGGAUUUGGGUUCAGAUCCGUCUCUGCCUGAGGCAGACCCACUGAGAUCCGGCUGGGCCGGCUCCUGGAGAUGUGAACUGGGGCGGCCGUUUGCUCUGGGGACGGUUCUAACAUCAGAAGCCACCUCGCCACGCACGUCUCCUUGCCAGCCACCAUACAGCUCAUUGUGGGGCCCGAACGUCUCCUGUGGCUUCGUGCAAUCACAUCCACCCGUGCAAAACUCUCCGGCUCUGGUAGCACUUUGCAGCGGGGAAUCUGACGAGACAAGAUCUGGGGCGCUGUGGAAUUGACCGGCCGCAUUUAGAAUUGUUGCGUGUAAAUAAAACCCCGACACGUUGUGAGGUUCGUUUAGGGCGAUUCUGUAGUUCUUUGUCCCGUUUCCACCUUCACAGACAAAGGCCGUUUUGAUUUAUUUCUCGGCUGGAUACCUCAGUGGGUUUCAGUUCUGCCGCUCUUCCCUUUGCAAAGAAGCCCCCAACUACGUAGCUGCUAACGUGGCCACAUCCCUCGGCAUUAGGAGGUCACGUCUCCACAGCCUACGACGAGCUGGUUUUAUUUUCACGCCUCUAUCUGUGGAAAUGUUUUAUUUUUUGCUUUUUCCUAGCCAUAGGUUUGCUCCAGUCGUUUUUUUUUUAAAGAAACGGGGGCAAAAAAAAAUAAAUAAAAAAACCGACAAUCAGAGACAAUAAAUAUCUGUAAAGAAUUUGAUUGUUUUUUGUGUGCACUAAAGUCCUGGCUUAAAAACAAAAAGUCUAUUUUGUAAGUUGAUGUAGAGGGGGGUUUUAGACUAGUUUUGUUAGGUGUCAAACUCCAGUGUCUGUAGGAGAAACAGAAUUUCAAUGCAAACUAUUUUUGAUGACUUGAUAUUUAUUCUUGUUUUAGCGAGAGGCAGUUUCCUGUACCAGCCCCCAAUUUUUGGUGGUUUAAAAAGAUUUGAAAAAAAUAAAAAAAAUAAAUAAUAAAUGUGG